GCUAGGAAGGACUUGAAGACUCACAGAAUGCACUUGGUGUCAGUCAUGCAAUGGGGUGUGUGGGCUGUAUUGCUCUGGCCCAACCUGCUCACCGUAAGUAUCCCACUAGACUGCAGGGAGGAGCCGGGUAGCCUCUCCCGCUGCCCUUCCAUCUCCCAAGAGAAACUUCUAGACCGAGUCAUCCAGCAUGCUGAGCUCAUCUACCGUGCCUCAGAAGAAUCAUGCUCUUUGUAUGAGGAGAUGUUCAUCCCGCUGCCAUUGCAGUUCCAGAGGAACCAAGCUGGCUAUUCCUGCAUCACCCGAACCUUACCCAUCCCCAGCUCCAAAAAUGAAGUCCAACAGAUAUCUGACAAAUGGCUGCUCCACUCUGUGCUGAUGCUGGUCCAGUCGUGGAUCGAGCCUUUGGUCUAUCUGCAGACCUCACUGGAGCGCUACGAUGCCGCUCCUGACAUGCUCCUCAACAAGACCAAGUGGGUGUCUGAGAAACUGAUCAGUCUGGAGCAAGGGGUGGUGGUCCUCAUCAAGAAGAUGUUGGAUGAGGGGAUCCUGACCAUAAACCACAGCGAGCAAGGCCUCUUCCAGUAUGACGUGCAGCCGGAGAUGCUGGAAUCUGUAAUGAGGGACUAUACCUUACUCAGCUGCUUCAAGAAAGACACCCAUAAGAUGGAGGCUUUCCUCAAGCUCCUCAAGUGUCGACAAACUGACAAAUACAACUGCUCAUAAGACAUGAAGUGCAGCUUUUCAAUAAUACAGUUUUAAAUAAUGAAUUCCUGAGGUUGGAAGCCGCGCACUCGUAGAUAUGACCAUGCCUUAGGCGAUACAGCCUUGCUUGCGAUGCAGUACAUUCUUUAUUGAUUGUUUUGGAAUACCUUCACACAAAACUAAGUAGGUGUAAUGCUGUGCCCUUUCUACAGCAUACUGCAUUUUAUAUUUCCCUGCUCAGAUGUUAUUUUAACCUGGCAAAGGCAACAGAGGGCAAACUCCCAAAAGAUUAUUUGCGUGUCGAGCUGUCAAAAAAAUCUGCAUAUCCCGCCAUUGAUUUCCAUUUCCUUUGUUCUUAACUGGAAUUUGUAUUCCUUGCUGGUUCUUGCAGUGUUUUGAUUAUUUUCAUGGCCCCCAGAGUAUUCAGCGAGACGGUUUCACUUCUGCAUUAGUGAAAUGAAACACUUUCACCGGAGACGGGAGUCAAACAGAGAGCAAUCACUACUUUAAAAAAAAAAAAAACACACAUUUUGAUUGGUGCAAGAGAGUACGAGGGAGACAGAGAGAGAACAAAUAACAACUAAAAUGAGAAGUAAGACUUAUCCGGAGUUUUUGUUCCAAUACAGGUUUGGAUUUCCUGAAUGUUCAUAAAAGAACCAGAUAUAUUUCUAUGCCUAAAUGUGCCUAAUUUAACCUGAAUGUAAUCAAAUAUGUUUGUUAUUUUCCUUACAUGAUCAGGGGAGAUACUUUUUACAUUUUACCUGUUUGAUUUUCUGAAUAUGUAUUGUGUAAAUAGAAAAAGCCCAAUGUGCCAUCAGAGACUUUCUAGUGAACUGCUGUUGAUUUAAGACGCUAAUAAAGCAAAUUGUAGAUUAAAGAAGUUAAAAAAA